UUGCUGUAUAUGAGCGUCAUUACGGUAAGUGCGCUGCCUGUCAAACAUGGCGCUGUCCUGUUCGAGUCUGUGUAGUCAACUGUCUUUAAUCCGACACUGUCGUCUCGGUAGAAACAGGAUAACACAUGGUCUUUACUCUCCCUACGUGGUCUGUCAGUUCAGACUGCCCCUGUGUAGACACUACUCAUCGUCCGAAGUCAGACGAGGUUUUGCUCGUUAUGUUGCCUCCAAACUCCAGUGGGCUAAUACCAAAUAUGAAGAUUUCCUUAAAAAGCGAUUUCCCCGCUUUUUUCUGCUCUAUCACACUUUCGUGGAAGGAUUCAAGCUACUGUUCCGAGAUGCCAAAGAUAUCAGGAGGAUAAAAGGAAAAAUGUGGUCUGAUGGAGUAAAGUUCCAGGAUUUGCCUUACAGGGACAUGGAGAAACUCAGACAGUUUCGCAGAGACUUGAUCAAGGCCAUCCCGCUGGUGAUCAUAUCCAUCCCUCCCUUUGCCAACUACCUGGUUUUUGUCUUGAUGUAUUUCUUCCCCCGUCAGCUCCUGAUCCCUCACUUCUGGACUCCCAGCCAGCAGCUGGAGUUUCGGAGAGUGUACCACUCCCUCAGAGCUCGGCACCACUGGCCGGUGCUCAAAGGACUUGAGUGCACGAGUCAGCAGGUCAAAAAUGGUCACUUACAGAGACAACUUAAGGACCUGUGUGCAAAAGUCCAAAGUGGAGCAAACCCCAAAGCGUCUGAAAUCCUUGCUAUCCGAAGCCUGUUUUCUGGACCUCCUUUGGGUAUAAGGAGGAUGAGCGUUGAUCACAUGAGACACAUCAGCCCGCUGCUCUUCUUGACGCCACGGCUCCCCGGCUUCUUGAUUGGCCAGCGGCUAAGCAGCCACGGGCUGGAGUUGCUCCAACUGGACCGGGGCCUCAGCAGACUGGGCGUUCACCAGCUGAAUGACUCUGAACUCAGACAGGCUUGUUAUCUAAGGGGCCUCAAUGCUGAUGUUCUUGGUGUUAACCAGUGUCGUGAAUGGUUGUCCCAGUGGCUACAGGUGUCAAGCUCAUUGAAAGACUCAGAGGUGUCACUGCUUUUGCACAGCAUUGUGUUUCUCUCUGCAAACUACCCAAGUGGUCCCAGCCAUCACUGACAGGAAGCCACAUGCUAUCUGCUGUUGUGAUUAUACUCUUACGUGCAAUGAAAAGCAAAACUUUCCAAGAGGUUUUCAACAGCUCCUUUUUGGAAAGGAAACAUUUUAAGGGUGUUUUUGGCAAGAAACCAUUUCUAUUCAAAGGAUUUACCACAAAAAAGAAGUCUUUGCAGUUGCAGUUAAUAGCAUUUAAAAACAAGAUGAAUCCAUUGUCAUCUAUUAGACACCAGUGCUAUACUGGUGAUGUGGAAGUAAUGUCAUGAUUAUCUAUUGCUAUAUGUGAACCUUGUUUGCAUGUGUGAACUGAUACAUGUUAUUACACUGUUUAAGUUCAGCAGUUCUUUUUGUUUGGUGAUAUGCUCAGACAUUCCAUUUAAAAGAAUUACAUUAAGAUGGGCAUGUUUGUUUUUACAUUUCACAUCAAACAUGUCCUGUAUUCUUUCAUGCCAGUACCUCACUUUGUGCUUUUUUUUUUAUAUACUUUGAAUAUUGUUUACCAUGAUCAAGGUUGUGGGUAACAGGACUUGUGGUGGGUAAUGUGGAGAUGAAGAGGCGUUAUAACUUGACGUCAAACAGCAGUAGACAAUAUGAAAGUCCCCGAGAGUAACUAUGUAAAGAAAAAGCCCACUGGUGGCCCAGCUGUAAAGUCAUUGAAGCUUGCUUGUGUGAUGAGAUGCUGAACAUCUUGCACAUUCUCAAAGUUUUUGGUUUGUGGCACAGCACACAUUUCUGACAAGAUAUCACUUUAUUGUUUACCUUCUUAUUUUUUUGAAAGGCUGGAAUGACAUUAACUUAAGUGCAAAAUUUGUUGUAAGCCCUUCGCCUGCUUUCUGGUUACUCCUACGAAGAGGAAAUUCCUGUUGUAUCUGCUGGUGACUUGUGUAAGUGUAAAACUGAACAUGCCAUCGCUUCCUGUGCCUUUUGCAAGAGCACACAGAGUUUAUCUGAAAUAGAAGAUGCAAAAGUUAUGUUAUGUUUUUUUAAGGUUUUUUUUAUUACUUGCUCUGCAAAUGUUCAGUGUUGUGUUGUGCCAAUAUUAUAUACAAUAUCUUGGAAAUGUGUCUGAAAUAAAAAUCUUAAAGGUGCAUUUUCCUCCUGUAUAACUUUAUACAGAAAAUUCAGAUGAAAUUAAAAAGGUCUUUAAUGAAAAAAUUAUAAACUGGAACCCAGUACGACGUAUAAACACCAAAGCAGUUCAAAGCUUAGAACAGAUCCAGGAACACCAAAAUAAACUCACGUUUACAACAAAGCAAGCAAAGUUAAGAGAGAACAUUCACUUAUGCUAAUAUGACACUGUACAUUAAUCCCCAUUUCCAUUCCAUGUACAGCAUCAAAGCAGAGCCAUUAACUAUGAAAAUAUUAUCUGUAUGAAGAAAAUUAUAUUCUGCGUAUUAUGUGGAAAGUAUGAUGAACAUUUUAAAAUAUCCAAGUGAAGAACUUUGUGAGUAGCCCGAACAGUCAACUCCUCUUCUGGUGUCGAUCACAUAACUUCGUAGCCGUCCCGAAUGCCUUUGAUCAAACAGCAGGCAAACACAAUACCGAGUAACUGGAAGGAAGAGAGAAAACGGUCAUCAUUUUUGUUUACAACUUUUUAAAAACUAAAAGUCUGUAGAGUCCAGAAGCAAGAUGAGCAACAACACAUUACCAUAGUAACAAAGGAAAAUAAAAUGAGCUGAUAGACUCUUGAGUUUAAGAGCAAAUUUUGUUUAAUGGUGUUACAUACCUGCAGGAUAGCAAUGACAACCGCUGCUACUAUCACCCAUAAGAUGUUAUUCUUUAGAAAUGUCUCCAUAGCAGCACUACAACCCUAAAGAGAACAAACAGAAAAGUUAGAAUUGAUCUCCACUGUGUCUGAGAAAGGUUAACUCAGAGUACACUCUGUAUGCUUGUGGGCUUUUUGCCGUUUCGUUUUUCUUUCCUCCUUCCACAUUUGAGGUUCUACAAAUCACAUAGUGUGACACUGAGAGCAGCUACCUCAACCAUUUUCUCGUGCACGUAAAGCAGUAAAUCUUUUUUUGUUUGUUUGUUUUAGUCACUAAUCUCCUGGUGGAAAAUUUGUUUCAAAGAUUUAACUUUGGAGGUACUCUGUUUGCCAGUUGUAUAGUCUGUGAGAAAACAGCACUAGGCUUAUUUGCUUUGUAGCCUCAAACACUUUCCUUAAGAGUUUAUGACCUCAGACACUCAUUUAAUAGCACAAAGUCCAUUUUGUAAAUUAUGCUCACUACUGGAUUCACAAAGGAUGAUUAACUAGUGCGCACUCAUUGCCUAACAACAUAUCAAUCAGUCGUUAGCAGAUGAGUUUGCAGUUCCAAAUCCUUUAAUCCUUUUGUGUGCUUGGCACAAAGCAAGACUGUUACGCAGCUGGAGUCAUGUUUCUAAUAUUUACAUGCCAUCCAGUUGCAGUUUGGUAACAAUUAUUUACUGUAUGUCUCUUUAGCUUGCCAGAUAUAUAUAUUUUUUUACCUAUUUAAGCAACAUGCUGAUAACUUAGAUGUUUUACUAAAUAAACAGGACUUAAGAAUUAAGAAAGUGAAUUUCAGGUUAAAUAAACUUAGAAAGAAAUUGACCCCUGUUUACCUGCUGAUACACUUUGUCAGAGUCAGUCAUGGUUCCUAUUCCACAGCCUUUAGUGUCAUUCUUGCAGCAUGAGUCAGGCACAGAGUUUCCUUUGCUAGUGAAGUUUUUCCAGUCAGAAGAACCGUUCACACCGCAGCAUUUCAGCUGGAAAAUGCAAACAAGUCUAUGAACAACAGCUAUGAACUUGAGAUGUAGAGUAAAAUGAUAUAGAACACAUUGUGCAAACAGCAACAAUAUCCUGUCACACGAAACUUACCAACAGGAUGCAAAAUGUUUUGACAGGGUGGUACCAUACUAACCAAACAGUGAACAGGAACAUUUACAGUGAACUUACGUUAUGCUGAAGAUUGUCCACGGCCUCUUUGAAUUCUGGUGUACCAUUUUCGUACUUGGAGAUCAUUUCAGUGACGCUAUCGUGGACGAUAGUUGAGAGCUACACGGGAGGCACAACACACACAACAUUGCAGCUCAAAUUAAAACCACACCUUCUGCAGGGACUCACAUAAAACAGAUGUAUUCAACACUUACCUUGUUUCUGAAGACGUAUCCAACAAUUGCUGCUGCAAUCUCAACGAUAACAAUCAGUGAGAGAAGGACAGCAAACUGAGGGAGGAGAAAAGGAACGAAUGAGGAAUUGAAUGAUCUACCUGAGUGGUUGUCACACAAAUAAACAGCAAUUUUUACAAUGAAAUCUCAUGCAAAAAAGUUAACAAAAACAAAGUUACUGCAUAUGGUGCUGUGUGAAUUACCGUGGUGACCAUGCAGUGGUUUUCUUUGAAGGCUCCACAGCAACCAAAGAAGCUGAUGAAGAAAAUCACCACACCAACUCCGAUCAGGAUAAUGGGAGCUGCCGAGGCAGUGGGAUCAGUGAUCUUGAGGGUUUUGUUAAGCGACACCUGAACCAUGAUUCCUACCACAAUCAGUGCUAGGCCACAUAGCUGCAAGAAUAAGAAGUUAGGCUAGAGUGAAUUCAUGGGGAAAGGUUUAUAAUUUGUAAUGUAAUAUUUUAUUUGGCUAUUUGACAAAAGUAUGAUAGCAAAGAAAAGCAACAAUAAUUUGAUUCUUAUUAGCAGCUAAACAAUAAAACUGUACCAAAUACACUUGUGUUUUUAUACACCCAGGUACUUGACUGUGAUAGGGAUCAAUCUAGAAAGUGUCACACCUGUGUGCCAGUUAUGGAGGGUGAAUACCACUACUUUAAUAGGUGUAUGUUAACCUUCUCUGACAGUUGGCAGCAAUGCCAAGGGGUAAUGGUAAAUGGACUGAUUCUUAUAUAGAGCUUUUCUACUCUCCUGGAGUACUCAAAGCGCUCUAUACAACAUGCCACAGUCACCCAAUCACCCCCAUUCAAACAAGCACUUUCUUUUUAUACUUAGUGCUUCCUAGCUUCAUUCAUACACAUUCAUAUUCAGAUGGAUGCAUUGGAGAGCAACUUGGGGUUAAUAUCUUGCCCAAGGAUACUUGACAUUCAGACUGGAGGAGCCUGGGAUCAAAUCACUAACCUUCCGAUCAGUAGGGGACCUGCUCUGCCUCCUACAGCCACCUCAAGGGGGGACAAAUUUCCCAAGACAAGUUUUUUUAUCUUAAUAUAGCUACUACAAAUUUUAAAGAUUGAAAAAAAAAAAAAAUCUGAUUAUGGUAUCAUUAAAUCAAUUUGAUUUUUAUAUUAUUGUACUUUUUCAUUUCAUGGAAGCAAA